AUGCCGCACAUCUCUAGUUUUGGUGACAUAUUCAGUGGAGGAGGGAGCCUCUUCUUCAACAAUUCAUCAUCCAAUAAGAGUUAUUGGCCAAAUUAUGAACAUACUUUCGGAAUUGCAAUUCAAUCCUUUGAUCCUCCCUCACAUGUAUCGGAUUAUUGUAUUCGCCUCUCUGUUGGAGACUUGGUCAUUAUUAGGGGAGAAUUUGAGGGAUGGUAUAAGGGAGAACGGUUUCCUUCCACGACCUCUAUACUUUCAACAGCAGUUUCAAAUUCUCCUCAAGGAUUUAAAUCAAAGCCUUCGGGAAUGAAAAAGUUUUUGCAGUCGUCAUCGAAUGGAGAUUCGGAACAACAUUUACCAAUUCUAACAACAAAUGCAUUAACGGGAGUAGUAACGAGUUAUUCGAGUGGUUUGGGAUCACCUCCGACUUCUCCAACGACCAUGGGAAUGCCAGAAUCGGGAUCACUCUCAACCACUCAUUCCAGAUCAUCCAAGAAAUAUUCUGAAAACGAAAUUGAAAAAGUCAUUGUGUCUUCAAAGGGCUUUUUCCCAGCAACACAUAUCAUACGAUUUGAUGGUAGCCCUAAUAAUCCAUUUUCAUUGAAUUAUCAACUUGCAACUGGUGUUAGUGAGCAUCAACAUCGUAACAACUCACAACUAAAUGAAGCUUCACCUGCCAACAAUGGCUCGCAGCAGCAAAUUGCUGUUAUUUCUGCCAAUAAUUCCAACGUUGCAGGAAAUCCUUCUCUAGUUUUACUCUCACCAAGGAAAUCCAACGCAUCAGAUAUGAAAUUUGGGACUUUUCAAAAUAAUGAUGAGCAAGGGUCUUUCAUGUCACAACCAGCUCUGAAUUCAAACGUCCUUGAAACUCCUCCCAUUACAGUCUCGUCAUCAUCAAAUUCAUCCUUACAGCCCAUGGAUCACAGUGGAGAAAUUAGUAACAGCUCUCCAAAUGAGCAAAAUGAUUAUAUCACGACUACACCAGCAUCUGCAUCUCCAGCUCUGAGCAGUAUUAUUGGAUCAGUAACCACCUCCAACACUGGCGUUCUCAAUCCUCAAUCUUCUCUGAAAAACAACAUGUACAGCAUCUCUGAUAAUAGUAUUCUAGGUUCAUCUCCUUCGGCUUUAACGGAGGUGAAAAGGAACACCAAUCCAGUUACCAACAGCUCUCAAACAAGUGUGAAUAGAACAAAAUCUUUUCGUAGAGGGGUUCUCAACAGCUUUCAUGCCACAAAACAAAAAAUUGAGCACAUGAUUAACAAACCAGAACCAAAAAAGAAUAUGACACCCAACAGCGAAAAGAGACAGAGCAUUCUGAAUGAAUCACAAAAAUCAAAAAGGACAAGCUUAAAUCUUACUGGUAUGAAUUUAUCAAAUAUUUUCAGUACUAGCCGUGACGACUUUGCAACGAAUCAACGAGCAAUAUCUCUGUCAGAUACUUUCUUUACAGACAAUGAAAAAAUUCUCUCUCCAUCCUCUUCAAAAUCUCACGAAAGGAAAAGAAGUCAAAGUAUUUCUGCUAAUACUGCCUUUCUUACUUCUUCCAAAAACACAAACGCAAUCAUUUCAACAGCUCUUACAGCGAUUGGCAAUGUAUAUCCAGAACAAAUCUAUGCUCAAUCUAGCUAUCUUGGAGGAACGGUAGAAAUAUUUUCAAACGUUGCACAACAUUUUCAGAGAGAAAUACUUCCAUUUUUGGAAAUGGAUUGGUUUACACCCUUUCUAAACAUACCAAUCUGUAAAACAAUUAUCGAGACAGUUUUUGAUUGGAAUAUGAAACACUUCAAAUCUCUAACCACACAUGAAGAUAACAGAGAACGGCUGAUGAGAGUUUUUGAAAUUGAGUGCAAAAUGAUCAAUUCAAUGAUUGAUUAUUAUUCUUAUCAACACAGUAACGAUAGUGAAAAUUAUAAGCCAAGAAUGAAAGAAAUUCUUAAAAAUCAAGCAUAUUUAUUGGACGAAGGAGCAUCCUUAUUUAAUGAAGAUGUGGUAAUUAAGAAAAAUGGAGAAAAACUAACACCAAUGAAUACUCUGCUAUUUGACUUGUAUCAAAUGUAUUGGGAGGCUAUAGAUAAGGAAAAGAGUCAAGUAAUAGGGUCGUUGCAAAUGCAAAAUCCUUUCGACAGAUUACCUGAAGGCAACUCUCAACUCUUGAUGGAGAUUUCUGGUUGCUCCUACUUUGACAAGGUUGAAUGGAGGUUUUGCCUUUUUGACGUUGGAUCAAAGUCCAUCAUGUCUGAAGACCUAGUCAUUGUUACUACAAGAAAGAAUGAAUAUCGUGUCGAUCCGCCUAUCAACCAUAAGCAUACUUUGGAUUGUCGAGUUCCUUUGGCAAUUGCUCUCUCUCCAAAAUUGUCACACUCAGUAGUAACAGAAUUACUCAAUAGUGGCUACUUAAAGUGCGAGCUGAAUUUCUUUAAUCUUAAAAGUAAUGACAGCCUCGAAUUAAUUGUGGAUGACAUUUUAAACGAUAAGCAAGAUUUGGAACGAGAAGAGCUAGUGGGUGUUGAACUUUCACUAAGCAUGAUAACUGGCGAUUACCACAAAGCCUUCAAACAGUACCCUCAACUCACUCAUCUACCACUAGUUCCAAUGACUCGCUUCAGUAGUUCCAUACUUUCUGAUGACAUUAGAAAUGAUAUUUAUAUUUCUAUUCAUUCUUUGCUAAACAAGAGCAUUGAUACCCUCUACGUCGAAGCUAAGAUGUACAUAAAAGACAAGGAGGGACACAUCAUCCAGUGUGACAUUAAUCGAAAACAGAGAGUGUACAGAUCUCCAAUUUUGAGAAUGAAAAAUCCUACAUGGGAUGAGAUUGUUCUUGUGAACGUCAAUUCACAUCAACUACAGUCGGCUAUCAUUACUUUUGACUUUUACACAAUCAAUAGUAAGAAGAAUAGCUAUGAGGUCACCCACGAGUUUUUUGCGUAUUUACCAAUUGAUGAUGCAACACGAACGCUCACUUUGGGAGUAGAAACGUACAUUGAACCUCUCACAUGUUAUAAGAUUUCUAAAGGUUAUACAUUCCAAGACUUUAUGAAUAAUGAAUCGAUAAGGACCAAAUUUGCGAAAAAGUCCAAGCUAACCCUAUCCUUGAACGUUGUUUCUACUUCGAUUGCUAUAAAUCCAAACUUAAGAGAUUUCUUAAAGUGGGAUUCUAUGGAUGAAACGAACUUACAGUCUGUAAUCAAGGAUAUAGACUUUAAAACUGUAGAUACUGCAAUAUGUUUUAGAGAAAUUAUGAGCUCUCUGUUUGGUAUUGCCAGCAAAUAUGGAAAGGCAAGAAACAACAUUGACUUUGUCGAAAGUCAACUCUUACAAAAAGUAUUUGAGAAGAUUUGUACUAUCGUGUCAACGUUAGCAGAAGAUUCUGAAAGAUUCAACUCUGUUGUUGACGACUACAGCAAAUCGUUUCCGUAUCAUAGUAGCCACAGAUUCAUUCUCCAUUAUUUAAACAAGUAUUUCGACUUGUUUAAAGCUGAAGAUAUGACUAUUGGUACGAAAGAAAAGCUUGUUAGAGCCCUAGUAUCUUUUGGAUUCUUUGUCAAAAUUAUUGAAAAAUCUCUGUCAUCUUGUAAGACAAAGUUAUACGAUUUUUAUCAAGAAGAACUCACUUUUGUUCAAAACGAGUUGACUGUGCUUUAUACCAAGCUUAAAAUAUUAUCUCAAAAAUCAGAUGCGACCCAUACUACGUUCAAAAACAUCAAAUCUGCCUUUUUUGAAUCUCUCAAUCCGAGUUACUAUGACACUUUGUUGUCUAUUUUUAAUGAAGAAACAAUUAGCAGACAAAUCGAAUCCCUCAUGAUCUCUCUGCCUGAAGAAGAGGUACACAGAAAAUUAACACACAUUGAUACUGUUGUUUCAUCCAAUGUUUUUGAGAUGCAUACUGUUAAUUCAUACCUUUUACCAAAAUUUGUGGACGUUAUGGAAAACUUUGGUGAAUGUUUUUUGGAAAAGAAAUCGAUAUCGAUUAUGAACAAACUCAUUCAAUGUUUGAAGAAAAAACUUUCUCCCAACAAACCUAAAUUAACUCCAGGUAUGACCAAAUCAUGCUCCACUGAUUCUUUAGAAGAGAGAAGAGCUCCGGUAUUAUCCAUUGAAGAUGCAGAAGGGCUUGUUAUCGCUGAAAAUGAUACCUGUACCUAUUGUGUUUCAUGUCUGAAAGAACUGUUAGGUCUUAUAGGAUUGUUAAAGGAGGCAUUUGAGACUUCACUCGAACGAACGGAGGAACUAGAAGCCGAGUAUGCUGCCGCUCGAGAACGAAUCGAGCAAGAAGGUACUUCAGGCACCAACAACUCUCAAAGUGCAAAUCAUUCAUCAAGACAAAGUGCCUCCGACCUCAUGAGCAAAUACGAAUCAGAUAUUAAUCAAUCGAAACGUGUCAGUUGUGAUGUUGUUAUAACAAUUAUUAACUUUUUAGAUGUGUUGACAUACAAAGAUGUGUUAGAUUGCUUACUCUCAAUGUUAUCUGAAUAUUCAUCGUGUGCUGAACUAGAUACUAUUGAACUCAUUCUAGACCUCAUUUCAAUGUUGCUCUCUAAGAAAAAUCCACUUCCAAAAAAUUGGACUCAGAUGAAUAUUUAUCAAUAUGGAACCAUUUCAACGAUUAUUCUUAUGAGCGCCAUGAAAGUUAAGAAAUACAUGGUGUUACUUGAAGGUCCAUCCAUUACAACCAUUAGUACCUUCUCUGGAAGUUUCUCGAGAGAGGCAGUUAUUCUCAACAAGCCCAUUGUGGAUGUUAAUGUGAAUAGAAUCACGAAAGUAUCUCAAUUACUCAUCAAGUAUUUAUUUGAUACAGUCUUCUCAUUUGAACCAGAGAAAAUGCGAACAUUUGAUAGAAAACAAUUUUUAAGCCAACAUGAUCAACGAGCUAAAAUUUUGACCGUCUUCUAUGAAGAUAUUUGGUCGUUUUGUCCAUUGCAGUUGCAGGAGAGUUGUUCCUUGGAGCUCGUUGACAAAUCGAUCAAAUUAUUCAAAAUUAAUGUUUCAGAGGUUAUUGACGUCGCCAAAAAUUUGUUCUUUGACUUACUUAAGAUUGAAUACGAAAGUAGACAUUCAGUUUCGUUCUGCGAGGCUGCUUCCGAGAGAUUUUUCAGCGAAGUGACAGGUCUUGAAGGUGUCAGACAUAUGCUCAUUAAUUGUAUUGAAUCCAAAUUGCACAAGUACAAGCAACUGUCACAAGAGUUGUCAUCCAGCGUUGAGGAGCAAGUGAAUGAUCAAUUCCCCGUACAUGUCGAGCAACUUUUAAAUUCUCUACAUCACUUACUCAGUCAAAUCCGUGAAAUUGAAGCAGCUAGUACCAAUGAUCCAAAUACCAUGAACUUUCAAUCUCAAGAAAAUUCUUUCAAGAAUGCUCUUAAAUCAUUUAAAAAGAACAACAACAUGCAACUCUAUUUCAAGUAUCUCCAUUUACUUGCGAGUAUGCAAAAGAGUAGAAAGCGAUACAUUGAAGCUGGAUUGGCUCUCUACGUACAUGCAUCCAAGUUAGACCUGAAUAGCCAAAAUGAAUUACCAUACUUUUCUGAUACUUAUCCGGAAGAAUUAGAAAGAAAGAGAAAGGUCAAGCUCUAUAUGGAAAUUAUUGAUCUAUUCGAGAAGGGUAAAGAUUGGGAAAGAGCUAUCCAGCUGAAUGAAGAGUUGAGAGAACACUACAAGAAGAAUAUGAAUUAUCUAGAGCUAUCAUCUAUUCAUUUAGAGGAGAGCAAACUCUACAAGAAAAUAAUUUCCUCUAUUCGAGAAUAUAACAAAUAUUAUUUUGUUGGCUUUUAUGGAAAGGCAUUGUCCAAUACGAACUAUAUUUUCAAUGCUCAUCAUCAAAAAUUAGCAGAUUUUGUGAAUUUUAUCAAAAUGAAAUUUAAGGGUGCGGUCAUUAAGAGAGAAAUACCAACAUCAUUCGAUGAAACCAAAUUCAGAACGAGUGAACAGCAAGUCAUAUUUUUGGCUCCUCUUGAGCCGUCAUGCAUGAAUGAAAUGGAAUCCUAUUCAUCAGAGAGGAAUUUUGAGAAGAAUUGUUUCCAAUUACUGGAUUCAAAAAUUUCGCCUAAAAUUCAACAAUAUCACAAGAGUCACAAUGUGAACAUUUUCAAGCGUGUCAAAGUGAAACGCGAAGAAAAAAAGGAGGAGAAUCACACGAGUGCUGAAACAAGCCUAACUCCUCAACAGUCUUCAGAAGCAAAAACAUGCAUAUCUAUCAAUUUGGAAGAUGCUGAUGGAACCAUCUCCUUUUUCACAAUUAAGCAUCCAUUCCCCAACAUGUAUACCAUUCAAGAAGUUCUUGAAAAGAAGGUGAUCAAGUUGAAUACUUUGGAAGUGGCUAUUUAUUAUCUCGAACAAAAGAUUCACUUCCUUCAAGAACUAGUUAUUAGUCAUAAAUUGAAUGAAAGCAAUUUAUUGACUGCUUCGCUCGAUUCUGAGCUUACUGGUCUCAUUGACCCAAGAAUUCAUGGAGGAAUUUAUGUUGAAGUGGAAAAGUACCUGUCACCAACUGCGUUAGAAACUCUGUAUGAAGAAAACAAAUAUCUCAUUGCAAUUUACAAAGAACGAUUGUCUCAACUUGCUGAACUGUUGAAGGAAGGCCUUGUGCAACGACGAAAACAUGUCAGCAAACAAAAUCUUCAAAUGAGUGUGUAUCUUGAAAAGAAAUUCAAGAACGAUCUCAUUCCAUUAUUAGAAAGCUACAACAUUAGAAUUCGUUAA